AUGCCUCUCCCCUUCGACAUCGCCGAAUGGGAAACACCAAUCCAGAUUUGUCGCAUCCCUCUUCUGCAAUGUCACAACACCCUGAGGAGCUUUCGAUUGCAACUGCUUCAUAGGAUACACGAUGACGAAUUCGUCGAACUGAGCGACCUGGUGAAGUCGUUCGGCACACAUUACCCGUUAUUGGAAGAGUUAGACAUUCACUCUCCGAAUCGGACAGCUCCCGAUUUCUGUGUCUUUCCUCCUGGACGGAUCGAGGACCAUCUCUUCCCUCGCUUACGCGUGUUGCACAUGUCGGGCCUCAAACUCCCCUGGCUUAGCGUCCCUUUUCAAGAUCUAUCUGUGCUUCGUAUCAACUUUCCGUCGAGGGACAUAUCAUCUGGAAUGCCCAGGCUCAUCCACUUAUUGAACAUUUUGGAGGAGAUGCUAAACCUGUCGGUCCUCGAGAUUUUCACCUAUUGGUACGACGCACGUCCCGUAUUCGAGGCAGACCUUGCCAUCACAGCCAGCCCGUAUAACUCCAAGCUUAUCUCGCUUCCUCGCUUGACGUCACUCAGACUCAAUGUCGAGGUGAGAGCAUGCGUCGUACUCCGCCAUUGCUUGAAAAUACCUUCCAACGCCUACGUCGACAUUUCUCCUAAUAACAUCGUCAAAGACGAAGAUCCUGAGGCAUUAGCUUCAUUAUUCGUCCCUGAUCCCACCUGCAUCAUAGGGGACCCCAUCACUCUCAGAACAGCAAGAGUGUCCUCUUCAUACAACCUCCAGGUGUCUGCUACUACCGAGCAGGACCUAAACAAAGACACCCAUUUGCUCCAUUGCGAUCUGCUUUGGGGUACAUCCGACGGAUCCGAGUCUUCUCCCGUCAUCUUCCUUCGUAUUCUUUGUACAACUCUAUUCUCCAAUCUCACUCAUCUCGAGAUACCACCAUGGAACUUGGUAUUAGUGACGAGUUCUCAUCAAUGGCGCGGAACCUUUGGACCGUUGACGAACCUCCGCAAACUGACGUACCGAGCCCGAGAUGGGAUGGUUCUUCACCUCUUCGAAGCCCUCACAGCCGACACCACCGAUAUCCUAGACGGUGAUCAACAGGUCGUCGUCCUUUUCCCGAAACUGCACACGCUGCGCGUACACCUGUGGGACGAGCGAGGCGUCUCGCUGCUGGAAGCACGCCAGUCAUCAGUAUCUCCGUUGUCUGUCCUUGAGGUUUUUGGGUGUUCGGUCAGCGAGGACAGUCAGAUGGCGUUGAAGGCAAUAAUCGCGGAAGUCAAUAUCAAUUGA